CCCGCUGUUUAGUUUACCCAUAGUGCAGCUCGGCUCCCGGACGACGCAAGAGGCAAGAUGGCGACUAAAACAAGCAAAGAUACUCCUCCUCCUUUUGAUUGCCCAUCGUGGGCAGGCAAGCCGCCCCCGGGGCUCCAUCUAGACGUGAUGAAGGGAGACAAAUUGAUAGAGAAACUGAUUAUAGAUGAAAAGAAGUACUACCUGUUUGGGAGGAACCCUGACUGGUGUGACUUCACUAUUGACCACCAGUCGUGUUCACGGGUCCACGCUGCCCUGGUUUACCACAAACACCUAAAAAGAGUUUUUCUCAUAGAUCUAAACAGCACACAUGGUACUUUCCUUGGACACAUUCGCCUGGAGGCACACAAGCCUCAGCAGGUUCCAAUUGACUCCACAAUAUCUUUUGGGGCCUCUACACGGACCUACACCAUCAGAGAGAAACCACAAACUCAAGGCACCACUGGCUCAGGAGACAAUAAGACAGGAGAUGAGGAAGAGCUGAAAGGACUACUUGGGCUUCCAGAAGAAGAGACUGAGUUGGAGAACCUAACAGAGUUCAACACAGCUCACAACAAGCGCAUCUCUCUCCUGACUAUUGAGGAGGGUAACUUAGAAAUCCAGAGGCCUAAAAGAAAACGCAGGAAUUCCAGGGUCACCUUUAGUGAGGAGGACUCUAUCAUUAACCCAGAGGAUAUCGACCCUUCAGUGGGCCGCUUUAGAAAUAUGAUACAAACUGCUGUCAUCCCUAUCAAGAAACGAAGAUCUGAGGGCCACAACACUCUGGGUUUUGAUGACCUGGCUUCAAAACGCAUGCAUGGCUACAGUUUGAGUGGCGGUCUUUAUGGAGACUUGCCUCCAACUAGUCACGAGAUCCAGCCAAUAGGAGCUCCAGGAGGUGCUGCUAUGCAGGGAGGGCUCCCACUACCCUUCCCUAAUCCAGCACCAGAGGUGGACCUUGCCCCAGAGGCUCCCCAACCACCUGUCACCCUCAACCCCACCCCUGUCACAGCCCCUUAUCUACCAGAAACCCACAACGAGCCACGUAAAAAGAAGUAUGCCAAAGAAGCUUGGCCGGGCAAGAAACCUACUCCUUCACUACUUAUCUAACACGUUUCCUAAAGCUGCUGACUCUCAGGUUACCAGGAGACACAUCCAGGUCUAUGGCCGGGUCAAAGUGGAGUCACUCAAUAGUUUUAUUAUUUGUUGUUACAAGUUGUCAUCAUGAAAAACCACACACUGUUUCCUGCAUUAAAAUAUAUUCUCUACAAGACCUAGUCAGCAGUUAACAACUUUGGAUGGAAAUUAGAUUCAUCUUGGUGAUCGCAGACAAGGCUAAGAGAGCUCCACAAGACCUGGCACUAAACAUUUUAGCCUCAAAGUGUCAGCUGGAUAUGCUUGUUUGACUUACUGGUUCCUAGGUCCAGUAUGAUCGGUUUUCAAGUUAUAUUUUUAUUGUGUUAGGUGUAAAGUUCAAUUUUGUUUUCUAUGAAAGGUUUGAACAUUUUUUUCACUCCUUCCACUUUGAUAAUGCUAACAAAUGGCAAAAAUGACUUUUAUAUGAAAUGUUGUACUGUGAGAAAGACAGAAAGUCAAAACACAAACAUGAAGCCAGUUUGUAUUCAUUUACAGGGCUCAAAACAGAAUUCAAUUACUCACUGACACUUUGUGACUUUGACCAAGAUGUGUUGCAUUAGUUGUACGAGCCGCUAGAUGGUGACUUGUGCUCGAUGGUGAAUUUUACGUGAGGUUUGCUUCAGACUAACAAGUACAAUAGUUACUGGUUUGAUGCAUUAACCUAAAACUCACACAAAGGCUCUAUUUGUUCACUUAAAUCCAUCUGCAAAUGAAUAUCAGAACACUUAUGGUCAGGCAGCCUGUUAAUGUUCAUGUGCAGUAAACUGUUUUCUCAACCCUGAUCAAAGGUCCCAUGAAAUGUUAUUACUAAGGCAAAGGGCUGGCAAAUGCUGUAAUCACACAAAGGAUACUACAAUUACAGUUAUACAGUAUUUAUCUUAAUUACAAAUCCAGCCCAACAUCCUUUGUUACAAAGAGUUUGUUAGGUUAGGUGACAUAGUACGUCAGGUGUAGUGUAAACAUGGCUAGUUAUGUAAAUGCUGGUCAAAGUUGAAAUGUUUUUCAAAUAAUGGCUGACGUCCAGUCUUGAGUUGCUCAUUUCAUGGGAUCUUGAAUAAGACAUGUUUCAUUUUUACAACUUUGCUGGUGACUCUUUGUCUGUGGGUUUUGUAGCCAUAUGCUUGUAAAUAAAAAUGAAUUACUUUUGA